AUGGCAUUGUAUUAUGAAUCAUCAUCAUCAUCAUCGAAUGAGAGUGAAGAAGAAUUUAUCUUAAAUAUAUUGAUACGUUUACCAAAACCAAGGGUGUUUCGAAAUAGACUUGAUCCACUGACUUAUUUUGAUGAUGUAGAAUUCAGUCGUAGAUUCCGUCUUUCUAAAGUCAUGUUUGGUGAAUUGAUGCAUUUGAUUGGGGAAAAUAUUCAACAUGACACAAGAAGAAAUCAUGCUAUUCCAUCUUCAAUGCAAAUAUUAAUUACAUUGCGAUUUCUUGCAACAAUUCUGGAACAUUCCAAGCAUGGUAGAAAAUGUAGGUCUUACAGAAGAGUAUACAGCCUCAUGAAAUACCCUAUCACUCUGUUACUGACUUACUCUGACUAUUCUGUGAAAUAUUUUCAGGCAGUUAUUGGCGAUUUGGUUAACAUUCAUAAAUCAUCAGUAUGUCGUAUUAUUAAACGAGUGUGUAAUGAAAUUGCUCAACUCCGAAGAAAGUUUAUAAAAAUGCCAUCAACCCUUGAAGAAAUACAACAAACAAAAUUUGGGUUUUAUAAAAUGCACAAAUUUCCUCAAGUUAUUGGAGUUAUAGAUUGUACCCACAUCAGAAAUCAGUCUCCUUGCCAAGAUAUUGGGGAACAAUUUCGCAAUAGAAAGGGUUACUUUAGCUUUAAUGUACAAGCCGUAUGUAAUAGUAAUCUAGAUAUAACCGAUAUUGUUGCAAGAUGGCCUGGAUCAGUGUACGAUAGCACUAUUUUCGAUAAUAGUUCUGUUCGUGCCAAAUUAGAAAAUAAUGAGUUUGGAGAUUGUUAUAUUCUUGGAGAUGGAGGUUACCCAUGUAGGAAAUAUUUAAUGACACCUCUUUUAAAUCCUCUAACUGCAUCAGAAAAAAAAUACCAAAAAUCUCAAAUAGGUACAAGAAAUAUAAUUGAAAGAGUUUUUGGUAUUUUAAAAAGAAGAUUUCCUGCAUUAGCCUUGGGCAUAAGGACAAAAUUGACAACCACUAUGGCUAUAAAGCUGGUUACACACCUAGCGUUUUCGACGCAGCGUUUUAGAGCGUUUUAG